AUGGAAUUUCUCCUACUCUCCAAUCUGAAAAUCCCCUUGGAAGCGCACAACACCCAAGACUGCGAAUUUUAUGGAUACAAUCCGGCCUCGAAAAAUCCCGGCCGACAUGCGUCCUUCUCCUGCAACGAAAUCUACAUCGAGAUCCUGCUCCCGUUCAGCACCAGCCAAACCCGGCUCCGACAUUGUCUCCCCUCCCACAACUGCACCUAUCUCGAGGUCGAGUCAUCUAACGACCCAAUCACUUUGCGAAUUCCGAUCUUCGACAAGCCGAUCUACAACAGGUUCACAACAGCCCUAUCACUCUGGCAGAACACCAUCCUGAUCCGACAUCGCAACGUCAGCUGUCCCAUCCCGCUCUGUUCUACCAAGAUCAGCUGCACCUUUUGUUCUCGUUAUGGACAACAACUGUACCAUUGUACCCACACCAUCGCGAUCAGCAGCCUGACCAUCAGCCUCGGCCUAACGUUGGCGAUCAUCUGCUAUCUUCUCAAGAAAACAAUCUUCCCGACGACAAGCCUUUUCGCCCUCUGGCAAAAUAUCCGGACUCGAUUCGCCAGGACCGCGCCAAUCACCUCAUCUCUGCCACUUGCAACCGGGAUUCCACCUCCAGAUCCUCCAAACUCUCCACCUACGACUCUGGACACGACAUCAAAUCCAAGAAGCCGACGACCCCGACAUCGUAAACGUCUGCGACGAACACACGACGACCAGUCUACCCAUUCUACUCCACUUCCCUCGGACAUCCCCAAUCAAGCCACUGCUGCCAACGCACCAGAUCCGCCUCACCACCACACUGCACCUCCACAACUUCGAUAUCAGAAGAAACCCCUGCCUGUCAAGAAACCUAUCAGCAGCAAGGCCAUUCUUCUCGCCAUCUUCGCCAUGCUAACUAACAUCCGCUCCGACCCAUCUGUGGCUUCGCUUUGC